GCCCUCUAUAUGCGGCUAUGUAAAAACAGCGAUGGGUGAGGGGCCAACCUCUCCACAUGUGACUACAGUGUCCAUUUUUAGAGGAAGAGCGGCACACUCGGUCACGGUGUGUUCUUGCCCUUUCGUUGGGAUUAGAGAUGUAAAAUAAUAAUUAUUCAACCGUUAAUGCGUUUUUUUGUUUGUUUGUUACAUAUAUCUUCACACGUUUAUUUCAUCUCAUUAUUGAUCGGAUUUUUCCCCCUUUAUUUUUCGUGUGGACAUUUAGAGAAAAAUACUUUUUUGUAUUUCUAAACUUUUCUUUCUAAAAUGUCAAAGUUCGCUCGCGUAUUUUUGUAGUCCACCUUCGUCUAUGGAAUCAUCUUGGGGAUAUUAGAAAUAGCCUAACGGACAUGGAGGAGUUUAUCAACUUUUCCCACACAAGGUGCCUUUUGUUCGUGAAUAAGGCAGCGUGCUUUUGGAAGUCUAGACCAUGAGGGAACCCCUCGAGCGCACAACUGUCGAUUAGGCGACUGGUUGCUUGAGAGCGUCACAAUCAAAUGAACGAUGCAGCCGUGUAUACGAUGUAAAAUACAACAACGAUCAACCGGAGGACUGUUUGAAUAGGCAGCGGGAGUCUGGAGAAGAGAAGAAGAUUGGCAGAAGCUAUUAAAGAAGGUAUUCCGUGACAGCAGCAGAUCCCGACACAGCUUCAUCACAGAAUGAGGAUGAAAUACACAAUCUCCCUUGUCUUCAUUGUGGCACUGGUCAUCAUUGAGAAGGAAAACAACAUUAUCUCACGGGUUUCAGACAAGCUCACCCCAAAGCAGACCCCCCAGACACCCCUUCAGCCCAGUAACUCUGCCUCAGCCUCAGCCCUGGGUCUCCUGAAGUUUAAUGGCUCCUCCUUCACUACCCUGAGCAAGCUGGACCCUGUCUUCACCCUCAUGAAGAGACGCCUGGAGAACUACACCGAGCAGAGGUCAGAGGUCAUAGGAUCAGCAGGAAACAGAAAGCACAUCCUCCUAUUGGCCACCACGCGGACAGGCUCCUCCUUCGUGGGCGAGUUCUUCAACCAGCAGGGAGACAACAUGUUCUACCUGUUCGAGCCGCUGUGGCACGUGGAGAGGUCGCUGACAUUAGAGAGCGGCGGGACCAACGCCACAGCCGCCGCCCGGGCCUACCGGGAAGUCCUCCAGGGGCUCUUCCUGUGUGACUUCACCCCUCUGGAGAGCUUUAUUGACCCACUUCCUGUAGACCACGUCACCUCAGCCCUGUUCAGGAGAGAAUCUAGCAGCUCUCUCUGUGAGGAGUCCGUCUGUAGCCCGUUCGUUAAGAAGGUCUUUGAACGCUACCAUUGCCGGACUAGGAAGUGUGGUCCCCUCAACCUGACCACGGCGUCCGAGUCAUGCCAGCAGAAGGAGCACAGGGCCAUUAAAUCCGUCCGGGUGCGCCAGCUGGAGACCCUGAGACCCCUCGCCGAGGACCCUCGUCUAGAUAUCAAGUUCAUCCAGCUGGUGAGGGACCCCAGGGCGGUUCUGGCCUCCCGCAUGGUGGCCUUCUCCGCCAAGUACAACAACUGGAAGAAGUGGGCAGUGGACGGAGACGUGCCCAUUGACGACGACGAGGUGAGGAAGCUGAAAGGCAACUGCGACAACAUCAGGCUGUCUGCGGAGGUCGGCCUGAGGCAGCCGUCUUGGCUGAGGCGGAGGUACAUGCUAGUACGGUACGAGGAUAUCGCUAGAUUCCCUAUGAGGAAGGCAGCGGAGAUGUACAAGUUCACCGGGAUCCCGUUCACUCCUCAGGUGAAAGACUGGGUGUUAAAGAACACCCAGGCUUCCAAUGAAGCUAGUGGAGUGUAUUCAACGCAGAAGAACUCCUCCGAGCAAGUGGAGAAAUGGAGGUUCGGCAUACCGUACAAACUAGCCCAGGUGGUGCAGAGGGUUUGUGGACCCACGAUGAAACUGUUUGGGUACAAGUUUGUGAACAGCGAGGCGAUGCUGACGGACAAGUCUAUCAGUUUGAUCGAAGAAAAGAUUUUCAUACAAAACUUUUCAUAGACAUUUUACAGUAACUCUGAACUCUGCUCAUCAGACAAAGUGGACCAACAGAUACGAUUAUGAAGCGAUAGUUGUGAGGAUAUUUAUUGGGGACUGUACUAGUAUACAACAGAGUAAUGUAUAAGACACUUUAUAGAUCCAUAUUAUAUGUUACACUCCAGGGUGUAGAAGGAAAUACACAUUUUUGUGUGUAAUAAAAAGGAACGAAUACAAAAACGAGUACUACCUUUUAACUUUUUACGGGGACAUUUAACAAAAGAAAACCCUUGUUACAUGAGUACUACAUGGUAGAAAACACUUGUUAUACGAGUACUACAUGGUAGAAAACCCCUUGUUAUAUGAGUACUACGUGG